AUGGCACAGACCAUUAAACUUGAAACCGACAGUCCCCCUGGACUAGAUCGCAUCGUAUCAUAUCGGCUCAUUAUCCUUGCAUUGUUUCUCAAGCUAUGUCUGAAAGUCUCUGCCGCGGCUUCAAGCACUGCCCCGUGUGACUCGAUUGGCUCUGUGGCAGCCUCAAGCACCGCCCGGUGUGACUCGGUUGGAAUCCAAAUGGUUCUCUCUUCCGGUGGAUUGAAAGGGCAAGUUUCCGACCCGAUGAAGAAAAGCAAGAUCAAAGUAAGGCACAACCAGAAGGUCCAGCUAGCCAUUUUUACACUUACGGUUAUGAUCAAUUGA